UGGAUAUUUUUAGUAGUUUUAGAGUUAUUGCCCUUGACUUAGUAAAAUUUUGUCAUUUUCAACUUGUGUCACAUGUAACUCAAAAAGUAUUUGACCGAGAGUCAUGAAACUUUACAGGAAUGUUGAUCAGUAUGUGAAGUUGUGCACCUGGGUAUUUUUGUUUGGAUAUUUUUAGUAUUUUUAGAGUUAUUGCCCUUGACUUAGUAAAAUUUUGUAAUUUUCAACUUGUGUUCCAUGUAACUCAAAAAGAAUUUGACCUAGAGUCAUGAAACUUUACAGUAAUGUUUAUCAGUAUGUGUAGUUGUGCACCUGGGUAUUUUCGUCUGGAUAUUUUUAGUAGUUUUAGAGUUAUUGCCCUUGACUUAGUAAAAUUUUGUCAUUUUCAACUUGUGUCGCAUGUAACUCAAAAAGUAUUUGACCGAGAGUCAUGAAACUUUACAGGAAUGUUGAUCAGUAUGUGUAGUUGUGCACCUGGGUAUUUUCGUCUGGAUAUUUUUAGUAGUUUUAGAGUUAUUGCCCUUGACUUAGUAAAAUUUUGUCAUUUUCAACUUGUGUGGCAUGUAACUCAAAAAGUAUUUGACCUAGAGUCAUGAAACUUUACAGGAAUGUUGAUCAGUAUGUGUAGUUGUGCACCUGGGUAUUUUCGUCUGGAUAUAGGUCCUCUACCAAAAUUGUUCAAAUUUUAGCCCUGGGGUCAAAAUUGGCCCCACUCCAGGGGGUCAUAGAUUUUCCUUAUAUGUAUAUAGUGAAAACUUAAAAAUUCUUCUUGUUUGAAGGUACAAGGCUUUAAGUUCAAAGAAUAUUACAGUUUAUGCCAUGAUUAAUAUAUAAAUAAAGCCUUAUGUCUUCAAUUGUUGUGUUAAUAAUAACCAGUACUCGGCGGGGGAUAUAAAUUCAACGAAUUUGCUUGUUUAUUAAAAAAUUAAAAUUUAUCAUUUUAUUUUUCAGCUGCUUGGCAAGCAAUCAGACAUGUGUUCCCCAGUUGUGUACUGAAAGGAUGUGUCUUCCACUGGAACCAGAGGCUGUAUCGGAAGAUCCAGGCGGAAGGUCUUGCCACCUCAUAUCAAGAUAAGCAGGACAAACAUGAAUUUCUCCGUAAGGUCAUGUCCCUGCCUUUUCUUCCUAGUGAGCAGAUCCCGCCUGCCUUCCGACAGCUGAUGGCCCAGGCUAUGGAAGUUGGUGGACCAAUAUUGGCUGUGAUGGAGUACGUGGAGAGGACGUGGAUCAACGGUAGUUUGUGGCUGCCGAUUCACUGGAGUGUAUUCCGUGAGACCGUUCGGACGAACAACGACGUUGAAGGAUGGCACAGAAGGAUCAACACACGAGCAGGACGUGCGGACUUGGGAUUAUACAUGUUACUACCAUUAUUGAAGAGGGAGGCUGAGGUUGUUGAUCUUCAAAUUCGUCUAGUUUCGCAGCAUCUCUUGACAAGACUACAUCGUAAAAGAUACGCCCGAAUCCAUGGAGCCUUAUUCGACGCCUGGGACAAGUACGAAGAUGAUGAGAUGACGACUUCCCAACUACUAAGACUGUGCAGCCACAUUACCGGAAUAGGAUCCAACAACAUCAACGACGGGAUUUAUGAGGACGAUUUUUAAGUGUCAUAUAUAUAAAAAAGUGAUGAAUAAAGAAUAAAAAAAUAUUGCUUAAUACUACGUAAAAGCAAUAGUGUAUACUCUGUAAUACUAUGCAUGAUUAUAAAGAGAUGAAUAAAGAAUUUAAAAAAUAUGCGUUGCUUAUUACUACAAUAAUAAUGGUAUAAAUUUUACCUUUUGUGAAUAUAGGUUGACAUUAGUAAAAAUAUGUUUUACAGGUUGUAUAAAUGUGUAUAUAUUUGUGUAAAUUUUAUAAAUUAUUCUUUUUUUCAGGUUUUACUUUCGUAUAUACGUAUAUAUAUUUAUUCAUGUAUAUGUAAAUAUAAUAAAACGUUUAAAUCAUAGUUUUAUAUCUAUUGAGUGGUGAAUAAAGAAUUAAAACAGAUUGUUGUUUAUUACAUAGAAAUCAUGACGUAUUCUUUUGAAUAAUAUGCAUACCUCAUAUUUGUUUAUAUAGAGAAAAAUAAAGUAUUUAAAAAAUAUGUGUUGUUUAUAAUAAUUACGUACGUGGAUUUCUUAUGUUUUUAUGCAUUGUUAUUAAUUCUUUCUCUUUCGAGCUUUGUUUUUUUAGUAUAUAUGUCGAUUUUAUUCCGAUUAAAGGCAUUUUUUUCAGCUUUAACUAUUUGUGUAUAUAUAGUUUAACAUAGAUUAUAAAAAUAAACUUGUGUGAAAUGUAAUUUGUGUUGACUCUUUAGUUUUUUUUUCAGGUUGUACAUAUAAACGUAUAUAUAUUUCUAUGAUAUUGUUUAUUCACUGAGAUCUUGUGUUAUUAUUUUAUGUAAAUAUCAUUAUUAUACUAAAGAAAAGAAUAAAAAAUAUGUUUAAAUUUUCAAUUUUUCUUGUCUUUAAUUGCAUGAAAAUGUGUGAUAAACCACACAUUAAAACCCGCGAUAAUUAAUGUGCCCAUUAUACAUUAUACAAUAGCUAUUGUUCACUAUAUAAAUUAAGUUAGCCGAAACCACUACCUGUUUUACUAUAUAAGAUCAGUUAGACAAACCGGUAGUUAGACGAAACCACUCCCACCCGCCAUUUACAACGUAACUCAAUGAUAAAAGACGGUGUAUUCCGAUAACGGAACAAAUCUCCACUUUUCGGAUAAAUAAUAAACGUUGAGUGUUCCGAGUGGAAACGGAAGUGGUGCAUGAAAUAUCGAAUGACACCUUUAAAACGGAAAAAAAAUGAAAGGAAUUUUUAACAACUUCCCCGUCCAUAGGCUUUGCCUUAUUUCAUAUUAGUUAAAAAUUCUUCUUAAAAUUGAUAUUAUUUUGAAAAUUACAUCCAUUGCCUAUAAAAACUGAUGACCAAAACAUUUCUAUCUUAACUAGGUCAUACUUCUAGGCGCACUUGAUUUUAAGCAACGGGAAUGGGCCAAAUAUAAUAAAUAGUGGACUCGGUUCCGCAGACACGGCCAUUUUUAUACUGAAAGGUUAUUUUACAUCUUAAACAUGUUUUAUAAAUUAUUAACAUCACUAAGUCCAGAUAAGAUAUAUUUUUUUUGCAAAUUUCAGGACUUCAAAUAAAUUUAAUGCACAUUCUUACUACAGUAUACAAACAUUUAUUUCCAAGCAGAGUAGCACACAGGAAACAUGUAACAGCAUUGGAAACAUACUUUUUUACCACUUGUAGGUAGUAAACACAGACAUAAAAAAUUAUUAUUGAAAGUUUUUUCAUCUAUUUAGUUAUGAUUUGUUCGAUUAAGAGUUUGGUAUUAUUUUAAACAAAAGAAUCAAGGUGAAAUGACUUGA